AACUUUGUCUCAUUUCCACGGUCACUAUAGUUGUCUGCCUCGUGGAUCCUUGGUCGGCAGAACGCUGCUUUUAAGUCACUUCGAGUUCGAAAAUGCGUGAAUGUAUAUCAAUGCAUCUUGGCCAAGCAGGCGUACAGAUGGGAAAUGCAUGCUGGGAGCUCUACUGCCUGGAACAUGGUAUCCAACCAGAUGGUCAGAUGCCUAGUGAUAAAACUGUUGGAGGUGGUGACGAUUCCUUCAAUACGUUUUUCAGCGAGACUGGGGGUGGCAAGCACGUGCCACGUGCCGUCUUCGUGGACUUGGAACCAACUGUCGUAGACGAGGUGCGAACCGGUACCUACCGCCAGCUAUUCCACCCUGAACAGAUGAUCACCGGUAAAGAAGAUGCUGCCAAUAACUACGCCCGUGGCCACUACACCAUUGGUAAAGAACUGAUUGAUUUAGUCCUGGACAGAAUUCGUAAGCUCGCUGACCAAUGUACUGGUCUGCAAGGAUUUCUCAUCUUUCACAGCUUUGGUGGCGGUACUGGUUCGGGCUUCACAUCACUGUUGAUGGAACGUCUAUCCGUGGAUUAUGGCAAGAAGUCGAAAUUAGAGUUCGCUAUCUACCCUGCUCCACAGAUCGCUACUGCUGUCGUAGAGCCGUACAACUCUAUCUUAACUACCCACACUACACUGGAGCACUCUGACUGCGCCUUUAUGGUUGACAACGAAGCGAUCUACGAUAUUUGUCGUCGUAAUCUUGACAUCGAGCGUCCAACGUAUACAAAUUUGAAUCGCCUGAUUGGUCAAAUAGUCUCUUCUAUAACUGCUUCUCUUAGAUUCGAUGGUGCUCUGAACGUGGACUUGACGGAAUUUCAGACCAAUCUUGUUCCCUAUCCACGCAUCCACUUCCCGUUAGCUACCUAUGCCCCUGUGAUCUCUGCUGAGAAGGCCUACCAUGAGCAACUCUCGGUGUCCGAAGUGACAAAUUCCUGUUUUGAGCCGUCAAAUCAGAUGGUUAAAUGCGACCCUCGUCACGGAAAGUAUAUGGCGUGCUGCAUGUUGUAUCGUGGUGAUGUUGUUCCAAAAGAUGUCAACGCUGCCAUUGCAGUUAUAAAAACGAAACGUACCAUCCAAUUCGUCGACUGGUGUCCCACUGGUUUCAAAGUUGGCAUAAACUACCAACCUCCAACCGUUGUACCCGGCGGUGACUUGGCUAAAGUACAACGCGCAGUCUGCAUGUUGAGCAACACCACAGCCAUCGCAGAGGCCUGGGCCCGUCUGGACCACAAAUUCGAUUUAAUGUACGCCAAACGUGCUUUCGUCCACUGGUAUGUCGGUGAGGGUAUGGAGGAGGGAGAGUUCUCGGAAGCACGGGAAGACCUCGCUGCAUUGGAAAAGGAUUAUGAAGAAGUUGGGGUAGAUUCCGUCGAUAACGGAGAAGAGGAAGAUGAGGAAUAUUAAAUUGAAAGUGAAUAAUUGUACAAAAAUGAUGAUGUAAAUUUAAUAAAUGAAUUGAUAUAAAGUUUGCCAUUUUACUGUGUCCUGCACGAUAUUUCCGCCUCUUAAUUUAGUAUGUGUAGUAUGGGGAUACACUCCCUCAAUGCUAUUAUAAUUGUCUGACACUGACUACUCAGCAGCUUUAUUUACUUCAGUGCCUUGAAUAAUUCUACCCUUAUUACAACAAAUGGGGAAUAUUGCAAGCUAGCUGCCGGAGCAUUGAAUGUACAUUUUGAGUAGGCGUUCAUUACUAUCAAUAUA